AUGGUGAAGCUGAAAAUAAUUUGCCACGGCGGAGCUUGGAGUAUCCCAGACGAUGCAAAAGAGAAAUCACUCGAAGGAAUUCAACGAGCCGCUAGAGCUGGAAUCGAAGCUCUCAAAAAAGGAGACAAGUCGGAAGACGCUGUUGUUUCAGCCGUUACAGUGAUGGAGAACGAUCCGAUUUUCAACGCUGGACAUGGCGGUUCUUUGACCAGGGAUGGGACUGUCGAGCUUGAUGCUAUGGUCAUGCGCGGGAGGGACUCUUCUAUUGGUGCUGUUGCGGCUCUCAGAAAUGUUAAAAAUGCUUGCCAAGUCGCUCGAAAAGUAAUGGAUUCUGAGCACACCCUGAUUGUUGGCCCUGGAGCCACUGAAUUCGCCAAAGAAAAGGGAUUCGAAAUCAUUGAUGAUUCAACUCUGGUCACUCCCUAUGAAAAAGCUGCGUUGGAGAAGAUUCGUCAUUACGGAACUGGAGUAGAGUCGAUUUUCAAAGCUGGUGAAGCUCAUGAUACAGUUGGCGCUGUCGGUUUUGACGGAGAAGGGUUCUCCUGUUGCACAAGUACUGGUGGCGUCACAUUUAAACGACCCGGACGAGUCGGCGACUCUCCACUCGCCGGAAGCGGUGGCUGGGCUGACGGAGGAGCUGCUUGUUCAACCACUGGCCACGGGGAAGGAAUAACCAAGGCACUUCUUGCUCAUCGCGUCGUCUGGGGCUGCGGUGCUGAUCAAAGUAGAGCUUCGGCUGCAGUCGACGAUGCACUUGAUUUUAUGAAGACGCAGAUUGGAUCACAAGGCGGUGCAAUUUGCCUGACUCGAGCUAGUUUUGGCGUCGGAUUUAAUACGAAAAGAAUGCCCUGGUGCUACAUCAGCUUUGAUACAGAAACUCGAGAAGAAGAAUGCAUCUUUGGAAUCGAACCUGCGAGUCUUGAUCAACGAGAAAUGCCUGAAAUUAUAGAGAAUUAUCGGAGAAAAGAAGGGAAUAGACAAACUAAUUGGUUUCAGAGGUCAAAACUGGUCCGUUUUCAUCUCAGAAGAUUGAGAGAGAAGAGUAUGAACAAGUCAAUGAAUCUUCCGGGCAAUAAUGUUAGUACGUCCGAAAGUCUUCAAUUCAAAGUUCUUGUGAAAAAACGAAGCCAAAAACCAAGGCGAAAAAUUUAUGUUAUAAUGACGAUUGGCUCAAUUUUAAUGACCAUUGGGUUGGUGCUUACUGUAAUGCAUUUCACUAAGGAGGAUAUUUUGGGACUAGAAGAAGCGAAAAGACUGUUCAAUUCUAUGCCUACUGAGCCGCCGAUUACAUACAAGUCGGAAUCGAUUAAUAUUUCUGAAAUUAUGGACAAUCCAGAAGAAUUGACAAAAUACACAGCACUGAAAGUUGAAGAAAGCAAAAUCGCAGCCUACCCAGCUGAACUGCCGACAAAAACGAUCAAUCCAUUGUCGCUGCCGUUCUUUAUGGCUUCGACUAUUAUUGUUUCAUUUGGAAUCGUCUUCAUUCUCGUCGGAACAACUUGGUGGAAAAUCGUCGUCGACAAAGAAAAUGCAAAGAACAAAGGCUAG